CCGCCAUGAUCAUCCCCGUGCGCUGCUUCACCUGCGGCAAGAUCGUCGGCAACAAGUGGGACGCCUACCUGGGGCUGCUGCAGGCCGGGUACACCGAGGGGGACGCCCUGGACGGCCUGGGCCUGAAGCGUUACUGCUGCCGCCGCAUGCUGCUGACCCACGUGGACCUGAUUGAGAAGCUGCUCAACUAUGCACCCCUGGAGAAGUGACCACUGACCGCCCUCCCUGUCCAGCCCAGAGCC